AUGAAGAUAGCUCUGUUAGGGGCGACUGGGCGAACUGGUGUUCCACUUCUCCACCAAGCACUUGAACAUGGACAUGACGUCGUGGCCAUUGUCCGAAAUUCUUCUAAGUUAACAACAGAGCAUGCACGUUUGCAGGUCGUUGAGGGCGAUAUAUUCUCCGAAGAAUCCCUGACGUCCCUAUUCGCGGGAGCAGAUGCCGUUCUGUCAUGUCUCGGUGUUGCGCACACACGGAAAACCACGAUAUAUUCAGAUUCUGGUAAAGCAAUCGUGUCAGCUAUGAGAAAAGCUGGCGUGUCACGUUUUGUCUGCAUAACGUCGUGGUGCACAACAUAUGAUCGAAAUGAUCCCGGUCCGUGGGCUUGGGAAUGGAUCUAUAAACCGUUUAUUAUCGGUAAGACGUUGGCAGACAUGAGAGUAAUGGAAGAGUUUUUAUUGAGUUCAGAGUGCAACGAUAUUGACUACACCAUUGUCAGACCUCCAGAGUUGUUGAAAACCUCAUCUCAAGGAAAAGACAUUCUUGAAGAAGAAAGACUGUUUGUUCGUGGAGGGAAGGGUGGUAUUUCACGCGAUGACGUGGCGAAGUUUAUGUUAUUAACGCUUACAACAGAGAGGUAUAACAGAAAAGCAAUCGCGAUUGACAGCGCUAAAUGA